AUGGCCGCCAUGUCCUCCUCCACCAUCCUCUCCACCGCGAUCGAGUUCCUCUACUUCCGACUCAAACCGUCCGUCAGGCCCGAAGAAGCCGCCGACGGCAACGAAGGCGAGCGGUUCCUGAAGCUGCUAAAGGAGACGACGCAGCGGAGCGGACACAUGGCGUCUGCGUGGGGGCGGACGGAGGAGGAUGAGAAUGAUGUUGUUUGGGUGAUUGAAUGGGCCGAUUCCUCUCACAGCGUGAGCAUCGACUGUCUACAGCCAUUCGUCGACCCCUCCUCGCCUCAAGUCAUCGCCUUAUUCGCAAACCUCAACCCACCGCCCAUGACGACAUCAGGCACUCUGGCCGACAACCCCGUCACGGAGCUCGCCGCGCUCGCGGUCCCGAGCACCCUCACCCCGGCCGAACAGACGAAAUGGCACGAGGACAUAGUCGCGUUCCGCUCCGCGCUGAUGGAGAAAGUGUCCCAAAAGGACAUCCGCCCCUUGACCUGGUCGACUGGCUAUGUCGAGCGCCCGGCUACUUUCGAUCAUCCGCAGAGCCCCUCGGGUAAGGCGCAAGUCUAUCUGUUGGCUGUUGGGUGGGAGAGUAAGGAGAAGCACCUCGCUGCGCGGGAGACGCAGGAGUUUGCGGAUACCAUCCAGCCGCUGAGGAAGAAGACGCUGCCUCCUGUGAAGGGGUUGGAGAUGCGACAUGUUCGCUUCCGCAAGGUCAAGUAG